UCUUGUUCAUAUCUUUACAGAUAUCUUCUAUAUAAAGGUUUUAAGAAACGAUGAAUGGGCAGGCGUGAGCACUCACAGACUUUAUACAUCUGAUCAUUCAUCAUGGAUAAAAUGCCUGCAGAGAACAAAGAGGAGGAUGAGUUGAGCAUUCCUCGAGCCGCCCUGAACAAAAUGAUUAAGGAGCUGAUCCCAAACAUCCGCGUGGCAAACGACGCCCGGGAACUCAUCCUCAACUGCUGCACGGAAUUCAUUCACUUGGUUUCGUCUGAAGCAAAUGAAAUCUGCAACAAGCAAAGCAAGAAGACAAUAUCACCAGAACAUAUUAUUGCAGCACUUGAUCACCUUGGCUUUGGGAAUUAUAAAGAGGAUGCUGAAGCAGUGUUAGAAGAGAUAAAAGCUGUAGCUGCUAUAUAUAUAUAUAUAAGAGGGAGUUCCCGUCUGGAAAAUCUGGGAAUCCCUGAGGAAGAACUGCUCCGACAACAGCAGGAAUUGUUUGCCAAGGCUAAACAGGAACAGGCUCUUCUGGAACAACAGCAAUGGCUCCAGACCCAGCAAGCUCUGCAACAGCAGCAACUUCAGCUGCCACAGCAACCAGAGAGCAACGAAGACGAUUACUCCUAGCAGAAACAAAGAUGGCCACCAAUUCUGAAUAGUGUUAGUGUUGAUGUAAUAAUUGUUUAUUGUUUUGUACCUCAGAAAAAUUA